AUGGCUGACGCAUCUCUGCCUGGCGGCUUUCUGCCGCACAAGUCCCUACCAUCGCCUGCGCCCAGCGGAGCCUCGACGCGCCCGACGUCUGGACUGCCACAUCCUCGAUCGCACCCAUUGCGCGCAGGCUCAGCCAAGGAAGAAAAGGUCAGAAGCUACGUUGAGAACCAGCUUAUGUCAAUCAACCGGCGAUUUGUCAAGAAGUUCGAGACACCCGGCGCUGGCGACGACGUGGUGGGGUAUAAGAAUCUGGGUGAGCUGUGCAAGGACGUCGAGGGGCUUCUCGACGUAUUAUGGCUUUCUGGCACCCCAAACCUGCAGAUACCUUACCUCCUUAACGUCGCCAACGACUUCACCGAAUGGAUCACACGCUUUCCUCCACAGCCCACAGCGAUGUUUUCAACAUUCCGAAAGCUCGAUUUUUGCUUUGCUAGUCUCCUCUCGGGACGAGAUAUCGAUACCGGAGAGACGCUGCCGGGCUUCGAGAACAGUGUCCGGGGCGUCAUGACUAAGACGCACAUGGUGCGGUGCAAGAGCAUAGUUGAACAGACGAGGGUUCUCGUCGUUGAGUUCAUGAACCAACAGAGUGCGCCCCUGGUCGACAUGGACGAGGACGAUUCCGAUAACAUGAAUACGGACACGGAAGCCGACACCGAUGCCGACAUCACAGACAGUGCUACUGAGGACAGAGGUUUCGUUGACCCCAACUGGGAAGAUGAAGAUGAAGACCUCUACAUGGAUGUUGCUAGGAUCUAUGAGAGGACCCUUGUUCAGCUGGGAGAGCUUUUGCAGGACUCGAACCUCCCUUAG